GCGAUUUCCAACAUGGCGAAAAGUUUUAGGGCAUGUUUUCGCCAUAUAUUUUUACCUAGAAAUGCCAUUUUAAGAUCGUUUUCUAGCACGUCCUACAAUUCUUCGAGUACCGUAGUUGACGACGUGAACAAUAAAAGCUUUGCGGAAAUGUUUGAGGAGACGCCAUUUGCCAAACUAGGUCGACCUGCUGGUAAGGUUGUCGAAGGAAAGAUUACCCACAUUGUAAAAGACGAUAUGUACGUCGAUUUUGGCUGGAAAUUUCACGCUGUUGUUAAAAUACCGCCAAGUAAAGUUAAAAGUCAAUCAUUCAGCGUGGGUGACGUCAUCGAAGUGAAAAUAAACGAACUCGAAAUGACGGGACAUUUUCUUGGACAGCACAAGCGAAUAACCUUGUGUGAAGCUGACGUUUCUUUAGUAGAUGAAAAAAGUUAGGGGGG